AUGCAACGUGAGAUACCCUGGCAGUCUGAAUCCCAAAUUCAACUAACGAGAUCAAGUACGGGCGAGCAUGUCGACGUGAACGAUCUGUCUCUCGUUGGUGCCCAAGCGCCUCUCAUCAAAGCAAUUGCAGACACUGGCGUCCCGACAGUCGUUGUCUUCUCCAGCGGUAAACCAAUCACUGAGACCUGGGUUUCAAACUCGACCUCAGCCCUAGUUCAACAAUUCUAUCCUUCCGAGCAAGGUGGAAACUCCCUCGCUGAUGUCCUUUUCGGCGACUACAACCCCUCUGGCAAAUUGUCUGUCAGUUUCCCCCGAUACGUGGGCGACCUGCCUAUCUUCUAUGAUUACCUGAACUCCGGGCGCUCGAUCGGAGACUCGGGCAAAGAAUAUGACAACGGCACUCUUGUUUUCGGGCACCAGUAUGUUCUUGGAGACCCGACCCCGUGGUACCCCUUCGGAUAUGGCAAGAGUUACUCGACAUUCAAGUACGGAACCGUGAAGGUGGACAAAAAGGCCAUUUCUGCAUCCGACAAGACAAUCACUGUUUCUGUCGAUGUGACCAAUACCCACAAGACCCGUGAUGGAACAGAGGUCGUGCAGGUUUAUAUUCAGGAUGAUAUCGCUUCGGUCGUUGUACCGAAUCGGCAGCUGAAGGGCUUUAACAAGGUGGUCAUCCCGGCAGGGAAGACGAAGACCGUGAAGAUUCCAGUGAAGGUCGACGAACUGGGUGUUUGGAACACCAGGAUGAAGUAUGUUGUCGAGCCGGGCAACUUUACCGUUCUUGUGGGCAGUAGCUCCGAAGACAUUCGUGGAAACUCGACUUUCACAGUGAAAUAG